CAUUUUUUUCCUCCCUUUCUCUCGCUUCCGCUUUUGAGAGCUUGUCGAUAAUUUACGUAGGUCCUUUAAUACAAGAAAAUGGCAAAGUCUAAAAAUCAUACUAAUCAUAACCAAAAUCGAAAGGCUCACCGUAAUGGUAUCAAAAAACCAAAACGUUACAGACAUGAGUCCACGCUUGGUAUGGAUCUGAAGUUCCUGAGGAACCAACGUUUUGCAAAGAAGCAUAAUUUGAAACCAAAAGAGCAACUAAAAAAAGCAGAAAAGCGCAAGUCUCUUCAGCUAUCUGAAAGUUUUGUUAUAGUAAAAGUUUGAAAAAUGAAUUUGUAUCUCUUUCAUCCUGAUCUAUUGUUAUAUAUAUGUUCAUCCUCCAUACACAGUAAAGCUUCUCACAUUGUCUCUCAGCUGGAACUCAAUAGGGACAGUUUCAGUAGAGGGAAACUGUUUUUCGAGUCUCGCAGUUCGCCUUUGUAGUUCGCCGAAGGAAGACAAGGACAAUGAAUAAAAGAGAAGAAUGAAACGAAAGUUGAGGCAAUCGAGCGAUUUAAACACCAGCGUUUUUAUUAUUAAUUUUUUCUGUAUAAAGAAUUGAUAUGUUGAUGAGAUUGUUCUGAUCAAAAUGAGA